AUGUCAACUUCCCAAGAUGACCUCCUCGAUGCGAACGGCGGCGCUGUUGCCCCGGUGUUAAUCGUAGAUGACCACUCCCUGCUUGCUGGCAGCCUUGCCAUGGUCCUGGCCGCAGAGGGAUGCGCAGUGCGCACGCUCAAAGCGACAACGAUCGACCAGCUGGACGCCGAAAUCAACGAACGACCGCCUGCGGUGACACUCGUUCGUAUCCAGCCCGGGCCGAGUCUUGCCCAUAGUCUCGAUCUUGUUGAGACUGCGGCGUCCAACGGUGGCACCGUUGCCGUGCUCUCUGAUAGCACCCACGAGCUCCUGCUCUCGGCGGCGGUCAACGCAGGCGCCACUGGUCUUGUUUCGUCGAGCGAUCUCAUGAUCGAUACCGUCGACCAAAUCCUUGCGAUGGUGAAGGGCGAGCAGCUGCUGAGCGAGUUUCGCCGCAACGAACUUCUCACCGUCUUCCGCACGCAUCGGGUGGACCGCGACAACCGCUUCAUGCCGUUCGAAUCGCUCUCUCGCCGAGAGGGUGAAGUGCUGUGCCUGCUGAUGGAAGGUCACUCGGUUGCCAAGAUCGCAGAGUCGUCAUUCGUGUCUGUUGGGACCGUGCGCACUCAGGUCAAGGCGAUUCUGCGCAAGCUCGGCGUCAACAGCCAGGCUGCGGCUGUCGCACUUGCCUACCGCAGUGGGUGGCCCGACAACGAUCCCACACUGCCGGUUGAUCUGCGCCUGCGCAAGCUGUAG